CUUUCCCAUCCUUUAUCUCUAAAGGUAUAUAUUCGUACGUAAGCGAUUCAACUGCGCAACACAUUCUUCUCUUCACUCCCGACGAAUAACCUGCGUUAAACUAUCGACCCCACCUGAGUACACCAUGGCGUCUGUCAAAACUGGUUAUUGGAAUAUUCGUGGGUAUAUGCAACCCAUCCGGCUCCUCUUAGCGUACGCAGGAGUCGAGCAUGAAGACAAACGUUACAAUAUCGGAUCUGCCCCCGAAUACGACAGGAGUGAGUGGCUAGCUGAUAAGUUCAACCUAGGUUUGGACUUCCCAAAUUGUCCCUACCUUAUUGAUGGAGACGUUAAGCUGUCCCAAACUUUUGCCAUCUUGAAGUAUUUGGGGCGCAAGCAUGGUUUGGCACCCAAGACAGAAGCUGAACACAUCAGAAUGGAUUUGACUGAAGCAGAAGCUAAUGAUAUGCGAACAAAGUGGUCCACAUUAUGCUACAAUGCUGAUUUUGAAAAAUUGAAACCAGAAUUCUUGAAAAACCUGUCAGUGAAGUUGAAGGAAAUGUCAACAUUUCUAGGAAGUCAUCCAUAUUUUGCAGGAGAAAAUAUUACUUGGAUUGAUUUUGUGAUGUACGAGUUGUUGGAUCAACAAUCGCAAAUGAGUCCCGGCGUAUUGGACGAGUUUCCCAACCUUAAAGAAUUCCAUGCAAGGAUCGAAAACCUCGAGAAAGUUGCCGCUUAUCUGAAGUCAGAUAAGUGUAUUAAAUAUCCAUUUAAUGGACCAAUGGCUGAAUUUGGUGGAAAAUAAAACACAAGUUUGCAUUUCAUGUAGUUGCAGAAAUUUAAAAUUUCUGAUUGAGAGCUUAUAAUCUAUUAUUUGUUUCAAGAAAUACAAAUGUUAAUGAAGUAAUAA